AUGUCUACUCCUAUUCCUGGUCCAGCUGGCUGGCCCCUCCUAGGAAAUGUCAACGAUAUCGACCCUGAUGUUCCUAUCAAGUCGUUGAUGGAUAUUGCCGACAAAUAUGGCCCAAUCUACAGUCUCUCAAUACUUGGGAAACGCCGAGUUGUAGUCUCCUCCGUUGAGUUGAUGAAUGAGAUCUGUGAGGAACGGCGCUUCGGUAAAGUUGUGACUGCCGCUUUAGGAGAAGUCAGGAAUCUUACUGGAGAUGGUCUCUUCACCGCACACAACGGCGAACAGAACUGGGAGAUCGCCCAUCGUGUUUUGAUACCCGCUUUCGGACCGCUUAAUAUUCGUGGUAUGUUCGAUGACAUGCGUGACAUUGCAUCGCAGCUCGUCAUGAAGUGGGCACGCCACGGAAACGACUACAAGAUUCACGUUACGGAUGACUUUACUCGAUUGACCUUGGACACGCUUGCUCUCUGCUCCAUGGAUUAUCGGUUCAAUUCAUUCUAUGCUGAGCAGAUGCAUCCUUUCGUAGAUGCAAUGGUCAACGUCCUCUCCGAGUCUGGCUCAAGGAUUCGAAGACCUGGCUUCCUGGCCGCUCUGUACCGUAAAGAGGAAUACCAAUACUGGAAAGAUAUCAAGUACUUGCGAGAACUGAGUGCAGAGCUGGUUCAGAAUCGCAAGAAGCAUCCUGGAAGUAGAAAAGAUCUCCUCCAUGCCAUGCUUCAUGGCAAGGAUCCACGUGAUGGGAGCUCGUUGUCUGAUGACAGUAUCAUCGACAACAUGAUCACCUUCCUCAUCGCUGGUCACGAAACCACUUCAGGACUUCUCUCGUUCCUCUUCUACUACCUCUUGAAGAAUCCUUCAGCAUACAAGAAAGCACAAGAAGAGGUUGACCAAGUUAUUGGCGACGCGACUAUCAAAGUGGAACACUUGAGCAAGCUCCCCUACAUCAACGCAGUCCUGCGCGAGACUUUGCGACUACAACCUACUGCUCCAGCUUUCUCGAUCCAGCCCAACAACGAGAUUGACACCAUUGGUGGUCAAUAUACUGUGUUCAGAGGCGAGCCCAUCGUUGCGCUACUACCAAAAAUUCAUCGCGACGUAUCUGUUUAUGGAGAGGACGCCAACGAUUUCAAGCCUGAGAGAAUGCUUGACGAGAACUUCAACAAACUUCCUCCAAAUGCCUGGAAACCAUUUGGCAAUGGCUCUCGUGCUUGCAUUGGUCGUCCAUUUGCAUGGCAAGAGGCCCAACUCGUGGUUGCAAUGCUCCUCCAGUAUUUCGACUUCACACUAGACGACGCCAAGUACGAUUUACAGAUCAAGUCAACUCUGACCAUCAAGCCAAACCACCUUUACAUGCACGCUAAACUCCGCCAUGGCAGAACUCCUACUCAACUCGAGCAGAUUCUUUCCUCGAAUGGAGCUCCCACCCCGGCAAAGCAAACUCACAAAUCUGACGUUGAAACAGCAACAUCUGCCGCAAGUGACGGCAAUGCAAGACCUCUGACUAUCCUCUACGGAUCAAACACAGGCACCUGCCAGGCUUUUGCUCAAGGCCUCGCAGCUGAUGCACCUUCUCAUGGAUUUAAGGUCACCAAGAUCGACACUCUUGAUUCGGCCAAAGACAACUUACCUACAGACCAAGCAGUGGCCAUCAUAACCUGUUCGUACGAAGGCGAGCCAGCAGACAACGCAGCACACUUCUUCCAUUGGCUCAAAUCACUAGAAGGAAAUUCUGUCAAGACCCAGUACGCCGUGUUUGGAGCGGGACAUAGUGACUGGAAGAACACUUUCCACAAGAUUCCAACAGCCAUCGACGACAUUCUUCUAGCACGUGGUGGAGAGCGUAUCUGUAGUCGAGGCUCAGCCAAUGCUGCGAACGGUGACAUGUUCAGCGAGUUCGAGAAGUGGGAAGAUGAGGUCUUCUGGCCUGCCAUGUCGAAAAAGUAUGGAGGUGAUGGCGGUGCAACCGACUCAGCGGCAACUCAAAGUUUGACAGUCGAGGUGUCGAGCGUCCGCUCUUCACACCUGCGUGCCGAUGUGUACGAGGCUCGCGUCGUUGAUGCAAAGCUCCUCUCACAGCCUGGAUCCUCUGAGAAGAGACACAUCGAGAUUGAGCUUCCAGCUUCCGUGACUUACAGCAGUGGCGACUAUCUGCAUGUUCUGCCAAUCAACCCACAUGAGAGUGUGCAGCGUGUCAUGCGUCGCUUCAACUUGGCGUGGGACAGCGUGCUGACCAUCAAGGCCGCAGUAGGCACGAUUCUGCCUACAAAUGUGCCAAUUUCCGCCAAUGACCUUUUCGGGGCCUAUGUUGAACUCGGACAACCUGCAACCAAGCGCAAUGUGACGCUACUUCUGGAUGCUUGUACAGAUGACGAAACCAAGAAAGAACUAACUCGACUUACUGGCGAUGCUUUCAGCACCGAGAUCAGUGAGAAGAGGGUCUCACUCUUAGAUCUACUCAACAGAUUCCCAUCAGUGCAACUUCCUCUCGGUGCUUUCAUCAGCAGCUUACCUCCUAUGCGUACCAGGUCUUAUUCCAUCUCUUCAUCAAGCUUGGUCAGCCCUCACCGCGUCACUCUGACCUACGCCGUGUUGCAUCAAUCACACAUGAGUGGUAUGGGUGAAUAUGUUGGUGUAGCUAGCAACUACCUCUCGAAAUUGGCUACAGGUGACAAGUUGCAUGUCGCUGUACGUCCCUCCAACCAAGCCUUCCACCUGCCUACCGACUAUGAGAAGACGCCCGUCAUCAUGAUCUGCGCCGGUACUGGUUUGGCACCUUUCCGUGGCUUUGUGCAAGAGAGAGCAGCUCAGGUAGAGGCCGGUCGCAAGCUUGCACCCGCUCUGCUGGUCAUCGGCUGCAGGAGCCCUGACCAGGACGAACUCUACCGAGAAGACUUCGAUCUUUGGGAAGCCAAAGGCGCUGUCAAGAUCUUGCGUGCUUACAGCAGGAAGCCCGAAGCAAGCGGAGGGUCAAAGUACGCACAGGACGCUCUAUGGGAGCACCGCCAAGAAGCUCGCGAGCUGUGGGAUGCCGGCAGCAGAGUCUAUGUCUGUGGCAGCCGUGCUCUCGAGCGUAGCGUCGAGAAAGUUUGCAAAGCUAUAUAUGUCGAACGGGCAAAAGAGCUAGGCAAGGACAAGACUGAGCAAGAGGCUGAAGAGUGGUUCGAAGGGACAAGGACACUAAGAUUCGCAACCGACGUGUUCAACUAG